UUGUAGUUACAUGUUACUUGUUUAUUUGUAAUUUUACACUUUUUUGUUUGUGCAAUUUCUGCACGCAUUUGAUACCACACUUUUUCAUAAUCUUUUACCUCUUUUGAAAUGACAAAAUCAAAAAAAUCCAAAUCAAAAAGUGAGACUUUAAUAAAGUCUUCAGAUCGAUCCCAUGCAGUUGCGAAAGGAAAUAAAAAAGGGCUGACGAAGAAAAGCUCUGGGAAAACCAUACCUGGGACAUCCAAUUCGGUUUUUAGCACAAGAAACUCCGAAGCGAAUCCCUCAUAUCAUGAAAAGACUCUAAGUAUUCAGAAAUACUCGCAUGAAUCUAUUCACAGAGUUAGAAGCAAGCAACACCCCAAGAGCAGUCAUCUAAUCGUACCUCAAAACCAUCGUAAAGUUACAAAAAAGAGAAGCCACCAGCAUGCAAACGAUUCCAAUCUAUAUUCAGACAAAGUAAUAUCUUUUGUGAAAUCGUCUGAGAAUGUACAAAUUAUAGACGACAGAGAAGACGCACAAGAUGAAAUCAGUCAAGUUUCUUUAAUUUCCAACCUCGAAAACGGCUUUUUUAUUGAUGCAAAUCUUUCCAAGACUUUUGACGAUCACCACGAACACCACGAACACCACGAACACCCAAAGACUUCGUCCCAUAAAAAGGCAUCGCAAGAUUCGAUCCUCAAAAAGUCCAAACUGUCGCAGGAGUCAGUCCGCAUCCCUCUGAUCCAGGCGACGGAGUCCUUUCACAUAAACAAGCUUAAGCGACGCCCUAAACCGGUGCCCGAAAUUCAAUCGGAAACUCGAGAUGAUAGUAUUAUCUCCGUCCGCACAGAAAAUGAACCCAGUGUGUUGGUUGCAGAGAAUACCAGCCAAACAAGUGAUAACGAAGACGUGGAAGUGAAUAAUAAUAUGAAAUUCCUCAGCCAGCUCCGUGACUUUCCCAACUGGAAUGAACACUAUAAGCAAGCGUUGCUUGAUCUUACAGAAGAGGUAGAAGAGGACAAGCCAGAGGAUAUAUCGGUAAAACCUGGGGAUCCGUUGGCUGCCACCUCGACAGACUUGAACCUCGCCAAGGAAGAUACUGAGACAGACCAGGACGGCUUGUAUGAGGCCCAGCCCUCUCAACUGAAGUUAUGUGGACACAGUCUGGCGGAAGUGUCCACCUCAGAGAUCGAAGAAAGUGAUUCUUUUGAUGAUGCUGAUGAUGCUGAUGAUGCUGAUGAUGAUGAUGAUGAUUUGAACUUGUCUGAUCAGUUUCCCGAGGAAUACCAAGCUCCAUUCAAAAAUACGAAUUUCGUCCUAGAUUCAGAUGAAGUAGAUGUCGUCGUGAAUAAACUUGGCCCUUUUGAGUUGAACGGAAUGGUCUACGACUUUCUUGACGAGAUCAUUUGCAAAGUCGUUGGCAUAGCCGCCAAACCUGAACGUAUACUAAGCCAAAUACUGGACAAAGAUAAGCUCAUGGAUACCCUGCUGGACGAAGCAAAUGAGCAUCGUAUGGAAAAAUUUAUACAUCAAAAUUUAUCAAAGCGGAUUACCGAUAUCCUGGUGCGCCAAUGCAAGUACUCUCUAGUAACGCCGAGUAGAAGUUCAAAUAUGAAUGAGAACAAUUACAGUCGCUGUAUAUCCGCAUUAAAUGAGUUAGACUAUUGGCUCAAGCGGGAGAAACUCUCUAUUAAAACAGCCCGAAAGGAGGUAAAACGACUUGCCGUCGAGGAGAACACAAUGAGGACUGAAGACGAUAACCUGUGGCAGCGGCUGGAGGACCUUAUAAAUAAUACUGUACUUAAUCGCCCUAAUGCUUCAGAUAAUUUGAAAAUGUUUACUGGAAAUAUAAUCAGAAGGCUGAAAAACAUGCGCGAUGAGUUGUCUGAGACACGUCUGAAUUUGAUCCUGAAGCAGCAUACAUAUUCGCAAAUCAAAACGAAAAUUGACAAAAUGGACAUCAUUGCGGAGAACCUAACCAUGCAUAAAUAUAUGUCAGUCGAAGCGCAGGUUGAGAACUUGAACAGGACAUUGGAGUCGAGAAACUUAAGCGUUAUAAAGACGUCUAACCUCAUCAAUAGCAAAAUCCAUACAGUGUCCCAUCUUAGGUGUCGUCGAAAAACAUUGAGCCGGAAGCUUAGGGCGGCCAAAGGCGUACUUGAGUCUCUGAGGAGCAAAUUCAAGGCCUUGAGGUUCAAGGCAUAUCGGUGCAACAAAAUGCACAACAGGCUAUUCAGUGAACUCGGAGAUGUCCGGCACCAAGGUGGUAUUAUGUUAUAUCCCCUGCUCAUAACGGACUAUGACCACACUAUAGACGACUUGGCCAGAAAACGAUCUGAGAUUGAAGCUUUAAGGGCGCAGCAUGACAAACUAAUUCGGAGAAUCACGCCGAUCGAAGAGGCUCGUAGAAUUUCACAAGAAAAUCGCAACCAAGCUCGCUAUCAACUUCGCACUUCCACUCUUGUUGAAAGAAUGGAAAAGCGUUGAGAGUCUAUUUCAAACUGUUUGUAAAACAAGAGAACCAAUGUCAUGAAAUAGAAAAUACCUUGUA